GAUCUUCACACUGCAAAUCUAGACACUCAGGGCUCUGCUCCCCAUGUCUUGAUGAACUUGGUGCCUACGUCACUUCCUGCAUUUGGCGCGUCGCUAGUUUGCGGAAGCAAGAGAUAGAAUAACCGUAAUGAGCAGCGGCGAUAGCAACCCUGCAGCCACCCCCACCCCCUGUGAGGACAUACACGGUGAUGGACGCUGGAUAUCACUGCACAAUCGUUUUGUGUCAGACAGUAAAGGGAAGGAACCGGAUGUGCUCUUUGUUGGAGACUCUCUUAUCCAACUAAUGCAUGAGUUUGAGGUGUGGAGAAAGCUGUUCUCCCCACUCCAUUCUCUGAAUUUUGGGAUUGGUGGUGAUGCAACACAGCAUGUCCUAUGGAGACUCAGUAAUGGAGAACUGGACCACAUCUGCCCCAAGGUGGUAGUGUUGUGGGUGGGCACUAAUAAUCAUGGCCACACCCCCGAGCAGAUCUGUGGAGGCAUCAUGGCCAUCAUUAACGAGAUCAACAAGCACCUUCCUCAAACUCACAUUCUUGUACUGGGUGUUUUGCCGAGAGGGAAGAGUCCGAACCCACUGCGGGAGCGUAAUGCACAAGUGAACACCCUGGUGCAGGCUGAGUUGGCAUCUCUCUCCUAUGCCUCCUUUCUGGACGUGGAUCCUGGAUUUGUCCAAUCAGAUGGCUCCAUCUCCCACCAGGACCUAUAUGACUAUCUCCACCUCACAGCACAGGCCUAUCAGAAAGUGUGCCAGCCGAUAUACACACACAUUAAAGCUCUGCUAGAAACACACGCACCCUGAGUGCACGAAAGCAAAUAAGUCUUCAUACACUAUUGUAGACAUGUAUCCUACACACAGAAAUUAUCAACAGCAACAAAAAAAACAACAACAUGCAUUUACAUUAAUACUGUUACGGACCAACAUGUCACUAGAUAUAGUACACUAUUAACACCUAUACAUACUAUACAUACACUGUUCUAAGCAGAACACUCCAUGCCAUUUCAUUUUAUUGAUUUGUCAGUUAAUACUUUACACAACUGAUCUGAUCAUUGUAUUCACGAGAGUGAUACUUAAACUACCAUGACAAAAAACUGCCACUGAUAUUUUUGUUGACCCCAAGCAAAAUGAUUUUUCAGGAAACAGUGUUAGCUUAAGUAUAUGGAAAGUUCAUGGAAACUGCACAGUCAACAAGAAGAUGUAAGUCAAAGCUCAAUGAAUAAACACAGCUUUUCAGUUUAGGUGCUCACAUAACAGUGGUUAGAAAUGACAUGACCAUGGUGAAGUGUUGGCAAGGCAGAGGUUUUAAGUACACAUAAAUUGAACUUAAUUUUUUUUUUUUCUGAAAGCACUUAUGAUUUCUUUGUUUUUGUACAAUGUUUAUGUUGGUAUGUCUUAAAUGCAUAGAAAGCAUUAGUUAGUAUCUGUCUCCUGGCUGUAUGUCUAUGUUGGAACGUGUAAAUAUUGUCUUUUCUUUACUGCAAAGUUUACUAUAGUAAAACAUAAGAUUGGCAUGCACACAUAACCCUUUGGCACUUGACAGUACAGUUCUCCAACCCCUGUCUAUGAGAAGAACUGCUUUACCUCUGUUUAGUGUUUUCUUGCUCCAAUAGACCUGUUACAACUAUAGAAAAGUCACAUUCGGUUGAUAAGAUAGAUCAAAUACAUAAGAGCAAUGAAAAUGUUAAACACUAUGCUGUGACCUGUAAAUAACACAUUUAUGAGCGAUUCCACUUGAUGAGAAUGUAGUGUGAUCCUGCUUUUUCUCUACACCCUGUCCUGUGCUGUUAAUACAGAGGCCUUUGGUCAAUUUUCAAGCCUGUUGGUCUGUGAAAAAAAAAAACUUCUCAAGAGCUUCCAUCAGUAAUUCUGAGGGCCAAAUCUGUGACUUAACACUGCAAUAUGUAAAUGUCUUCUGUCUUAAAAUACUGGAUUAAAAUCAUGAACUCAG